AUGGAACUGCCACAGUCUCGGUUGGACUCUUUGUACAAAGAUUUUAGGCACUUGGAAGAGUUGAAUCCUGAUGGUUAUAAAGCUAACAUUGAAACGUGGAAGGCUUUCCUAAUAAAAAACUACUUGAUACAAGCAAAAUCGAUAUAUUUAAGGUGCGGGUCUGGUCUUCUGCGCACUUUGAGUCGCGAAUCUCAUGGAGUUCCUAAAAGUUUGGAUCUGGUGAUCAAUUCACUGAUCGAGAGUGACUAUUUGAUUACCCCAGAUGACUUCUACAACGGCUUAAUGUACCCACAGGAGAGUUCUUGGUUUUUGAAGUGGAUAGGAUUUUCUGGAAGAAAUAAGAGAAGUUUUGAUGUUCGAAAGAAUAACGACACUUUUUACUUGAAAGAGACCGACUUGAUUAUCAGGAACAUCGUGGAGGAAAAGUUCGAAAGUAUCAAGCAACGAAUUACGAACAACAUUGUAUCUCACGCUACUGGAAUCACAGAUCUUGUCUUUACCAAGCAAGAGUUUUAUGCCAAGUCGGGCAUUAAUGAGCUGCUAAUAGACUCAGAACCGGAACGGAAAGCCAUGCUUUUCUAUUUGUCCCAUUAUAGGAAAAUCAUAGUACGGGAUGCUGAUAUAAUCAAAGUGGUUUCGCCCGAUGUAGUUCAUAUCCUUGCAGAUUUCCCCAAAAUUGUGACACAGGAUGAUCACCGAGUGGCAUCCCUGAAAGCCACAACGAUUAAUGUUAAUCUUCAGGUAAAGAAAUUACAAGCGCAAGUUUUUGAUUACUCGUCGAUGCUCCAAGACGCUAUCAAAGACUCUCAACCGAAAGAAAUUCAAAGGAAUUAUUUACAGAAUAAGAAAAUGAUCGAAAAGAACCUUUCACGGCUAUUGAUUUAUCAGAACAAUCUUUUAACGGUCAAGAGUCAGUUGGAUAUGGCUGCUACUAAUCAGCUGCUCGUGAGCACCUUGGAAGGCUCAAACAAGCUCCUUACGUCAAUUAACGAGUAUACUGGAUCGGUUGAAAAAGUUGAAGACCUGCUUGAUGAAAUAAAGGAACAAGGUGAGAGAACCGAAGCGAUCAACGAAAUUUUGGCCGGUUCUGAAUCUACUGAAGAGGAUAUGGAACUCGAUAGAGAAUUGGAGAAGAUACAAGAGGAAGAGAAUCAGAAGAAGGCAGUCUCUGAUGAUAAGAAAGAAAAUGUCAAAUCACAGGAGAGCAAUGACGAACUAAUAGAAAAAUUAGGUAACCUCAAGCUAGAGGAGAGAAGAGCGCCGGGCGAGUUGCGCGAGAAGAACAUGAAUUCAGUGCCCAAUCAAGAGGGCAAUGCUAUAGCAUAUUAA